AUGUCUCGACGAGAAAGCAUUAUCCCAGGCAACGUUCGCUACGCGUGGCCUGAUCGGCCGCUUGGUGAAAGGAUCGUAGACCAUGGACGACAAGGCUUUGUUCAACAGUAUAAGAUAGUGUAUCACACUGGCUUUGAACGGAUCGCAACUGCUAGCAAAAAGCCAAGAAAUUCUCUGGAAGGGGUGACCAUUGAUAACUAUGCUAUUGGUGACACGGUGGUUGUUGCCACCAAAGCUGGCGAGCCCUGUCUUGCUGUAAUCGUCUCUAUGUGGUACAUUUCAGCUCCUGGAAGACUAGAUUCAGCCGACGACGACGACUUUUUAGAUGAAACGCGCAUGCAUAUUCUAGUACACAAAUUUCUCCGCCCCGCUGUAGAUCUCCCUAAGAUUCGUUCACAGCGCCCCUAUCGCAAGAAAGAGGUUUAUUACGCGGUCAACCGAGAAAGCUCUAGCAUUAAGCUCAGAGUCAAUCCGUCAGCGAUCAACCGAGCCACUAAUGAAGAACCACUGUCUCAGAAUAAUCCUCCGCGGAUGCAGCAUGAUUUUCUUUGUUUGUCUGCCCAUGAUGCCCAACUUGGUAUCUACUAUGACUUUGCAUGGGAUCUCUUCCGCAAGCAAGCACUGAAACUGUCUGACCCGUCAAUCGAAUUUCAGGACUUUAAUGGAGAGGGGUGGAAUAUUAGGGUUGAUAAACCCUUGCCAGUUCAUUCUAGAUCAAGAACAAUUGCGACGCCCAAAGCUAAAUCUUCCGAAAAGACACCUAGGGCAUCGAAGAAGAGACAGUCAGCGCCCAAGGCAAGUAGUAGAUCAGCCUCGAGAGGCCCAACCACUCCUACUAGAUCUACUUCCCGCCAACGUCAAAUACCAGCCACGGUCUAUAAAGACGAUGAAGAAAGCGACUCGGACACUUCGUCCAGCGCGGGAGGCUCUGACAUAUAUGAACCAGUCUUGGAUGAACCCGAGGAACCUGAUUUGGAAGCGGAAGGGGUUCUCGAGCCCGACGAACUAGGGGAAGGAGACGACCCCGUGACUGAUGAGGAAGAUGAGGGUAUCCCUCAGACACCACGAAAGGCACGGCUCGGUUCUGCUAGUCCUACUAAACGGGGACGCGGUCGACCAAAGAAGGACACUGGCGAGCCCAAAACCCCAUCUCGGCCGCGUGUAAAAGGAAUUGCUGCGCCUACUCCUCAUUCGAAGGCUGCUCUUAGAAAACGGCGGAGCGCAAUUGACUUGUCUCGCCUAAGAGGAAUCUCCAACGCCGAUGGAGAUCCGUCAUUGGGAGUGGCCGCUUCUUCCCUUCCUGAUACUGUAGGCUCAGAUCCUCAUGUGAGAGCCAUGUAUGCACUACACGUUGGCGCACGGCCAGGAGCGUUACCAUGCAGAGACAACGAACUCAUACGUGUGUUGGGGGAUGUGGCAGAUCUAGUAACGUCCGGGGUUGGGGGUUGCAUUUAUAUUUCUGGAUUGCCUGGAACUGGCAAAACCGCAACUGUCCAUGCUGUCAUACGAGAGCUCAAAGGAAUGGCUAUGAGAAAUGAAAUCAGCCCCUUUUCGUAUGUUGAGAUUAAUGGCCUACGUAUACCUGAGCCAAGCGCCGCAUACGCUCUACUGUGGGAGGCUAUCUCAGGCCAUGAUGCUGCACAGCACGGCCAUUUAAGUAUUAGUUCCAAGGAGGCACUACGACGGUUAACCAGACAUUUCAACAGCAGAACGAGUGCUGGAAGCCAUACUUGUGUCGUGUUGAUGGACGAAUUGGACCAAAUGGUCACAACUAAGCAAGAUGUCGUUUAUAAUUUCUUUAACUGGCCGAAUUUACCCGAUUCGAACUUGGUGGUCGUCGCAGUGGCCAAUACUCAUGAUCUUCCUGAGCGAACUAUGAGUGCUAAAGUUAGGAGUCGAUUAGGGAUGGAAAGGAUCAAUUUUGAGGCGUACACCGUCCAACAACUGGUGGAAAUUGUCAAUGCCCGUCUUGAAGUAGCAAAAGCGGGCCAGCCCGACCACCCACCCGUGAUGAAACCGGACGCAGUCAACUUCGCAGCCAGGAAGGUUGCUAGUAUUUUCGGCGAUGCAAGGCGUGUAUUAGAUGUAUGCCGGUGUGUACCCUUCCCCUUGGAAUCGCUACCCUCAGUUCCUGAAUACGUAUCAAGGCGUGCAGUCGAAGUGUGUCACACCUCACAAGGCUCUCGAACUGUUGCAAUUCAAGAUGUAGUCGAGGUUAUCAAGAGCAUGGACAAAUCCUCGACGGCUGAUUAUAUUCGCGAUUGUAGCUUUCACGAGAGGCUUCUGCUUGCUAGUAUGAUUAGCCGUAUGCGUCGUGCUGGCGUAGAUUCGGUCAAGUGGGACGAUGUUAUCACUUAUCAUAUGUCGCAGAGUGUGAUGCUGGGCAAACACAAACCAACACGGACCGAGCUGCGUAUGAUACUCGAUUCGUUAGUUUUGUCUCGUGCGGUUAUUGCGGAAGACUCCGCACAAGUUGCAGAAGGCGAUCGAUUAGUUGCUCUGAAACUUGAGCGGGAUGCUGUUGAAAGGAUCUUAUGUGCCGAUGACCUAGGUGGGGAGAGGUGGAAAAGUAUAUUAGGGCUCUAG